ACACACCGCAGAAAGUUUGGUUUGGAGGGUUGACGAGCAAUGGGAUACCUACGGGCAGGAAGUGACGGAACUGCAUAAAUUUCAGAAGGAGGGGAAAAAGGCGAGAAAAGGCAUCAACACAAAGCAGAGUGCGAAGCAACGUGGGACCGUUGUAGAGUUCGUCGGAGGAGUGAACUGCGCAUGAUCUCAACAACACCGGAGCGAGCAACUUUUUCAAUGGAAGGAGGUUACCAGCAAUGAGAAGCGGAGAUUUUACUCAGCGGCUCUGAUACCCAUGACUGUGUUCACACUUCUGGAAAGUAUCGGCACACAACGGCACCAUAUGGAGCAGUGACCCACAAACCUCCAGCCUCCCCUAGCUUUGAAAAUGAGGGGGAAAACUUAGCGCAAAAGGAGGUGGAGGGGGAGAAAAGUGUGGGAGACAGUUGGAGGAUAUGAACUCAGACCUUCAGGUUUCUCUACGAUUAUUCGCUCCGUCCGGUUCAGUUUUGCGUCUUUGGGGAUGUUUGCGGGUUGCACCUCUGCGCCUUCCGUUCGGACUCUGGCUCGCCUUUGCGCCCUGGUGCUGAUGGUUGCCGUGGGACUCGGGUCGGAGCUUCGGGUUCGGGUCCGGCUCUCAGACGGGUUGGUGACCGAGGAGAUUUUGGAGGCGGACAGUGAGAGAGACUCGAUAUCGCUGGAAUUUAAGCAAGGAGAUGGAACCCUCAUCACUUUUGUAGCAGACUUUAAACAGGAAGUGAAGAUAUUCCGAGCGCUGAUCCUGGGUGAGCUGGAGAGAGGGCAGAACCAGUACCAGGCGCUGUGCUUCAUCUCUCGCCUCAGCCGUAAUGAAAUCAUCCCCAGUGAGUCCAUGGCGCGACUCAGACAGAAAAAUCCUCAUGUCAUUCGCCUGGCAGAGGAGCGAAAAGGGCUUGAGCAGCUGACGAUGGGCUCUGCUGUGAAUCUCAGCCGGGCCUGGCAGCUCAGCUCCCACAUCCACAACAUGUGCAGCGAAGCUCAUGAGGCCAUUUACACCAGGGAGUCAGAUGUGAAAUAUUGGCUGCAGAAAGGAGUAGACAGCUCAAUAUUUGAGGUCCUGCCUCAGACGACGGAGGCGCCCAGCUUUCAGGCCUGUCAUUCUACUAAAGACUUGUGGCAGCCGUGUCUCUGCACGUACGGCCUCCGUCUGGAGUGGUACCCAUGUCUGCUGAAGUACUGCCGCAGCCGGGACGGCACGGCCAAAGGGACCACAUACAAGUGCGGCAUCAGGAGCUGCAGCAAGGGCUACCAUUUCACCUACUAUGUCCCCCAGAAACAGCUCUGCCUGUGGGACGAGGAGACCUAGUGUUCUUUUUAUCUCUGGGAAGUUAUAAAUGGAGGAAAAAAAAUAAUUGUUCUUAAGCCAGUGUUUGUCCACCGGUUCUAUACGUGGCAAUAUUGGACCUUUGAUGGAAAGAUAGUAAAUUAAUCUUUUAUGUAUUAGGACACGAUGAGGGGGGGGGAAACAGGAGAUUUAUUCAGGUUCCAAGUCACGCCAAACAAAGGAAGGACAAGUAGCUGAACCGUCACAAAUAAAUUACACGUUAUUGAUAUCCUCAUUGUUACUUUGCCAAAAACUACCACUUCUGUGCCUCUUUUUGGAAGAAUUAUUGGGGAGGAAAACACAAGACAACAAUGACCUCUGAAACAAGCUAUGAUGUGCACAAAACUAAACAGUGCAUUUGCAAGGAAUGAAAAACCAGCAGAGGAGCAUCUGCGUCUCACAUUUCCGCAAUGGAGGAAGACAAAAAUAGUCUUCCAUCUUGGUGAAGGACAAUAAAGAUAGUAGAUUUAUCUUCACGAUAAAGCUCUGUGAAAAACAAAUAUACACAUUUAUAUAUAUAUAUAUAUAUAUAUAUAUAUAUAUAUGGCCAGUUGAAGCACCUGUUUAGGUCACAAUAAACAGGUUCACUAAAAAUGCCUUGCCAACAGUGGCUUUAUUUUUGUUUUGGUUGUAAAACAAAAUCACCUAGGGCUUUGUCUGAUGUCAUAUUGCUUUCUUGAUUUUUUUUUUUCAUACUUUUUCUCAGAUUAAACAAGUCCUCAGCAAAAAAUAAUUAUUCUAAGACAUUUAUAACUCCUAGGACUUUGCAUACUGUUCAUGCAGGUGUAACAUUUCUGUUUCUAACAUCCAUUUGCUGUACAGUCAUCUGUUCCACCUCAUUUGUAUGUUUAAGGAGCAGCUCUUGCCUAUUCAUUUUCUCACACUCUUAGAAAAAGUGCCAAAUAAAACUAAUUUUGCAGAAAAACUGUUUUUAAAAAGGGCCUUUCUUUAGUUGUCUUUUCAAGAAAAAUACUCUGUACGUUUUAUACAAACUUUGCAAUCUUUACUGCCACCUUCUGGUAAAUGGAGAUACAGAUUCCACUGCCAUAUAAUAGUUUUGUUUUUGUUGUUUAUCUGUUGAAAUCAUCACUUAAAUGUUUAAUUUAUACAUUUUAAAUCUUUGGUCAUUACAUGCAUAAUUCAAGAAGCCAUUCUUGAUCUCAUGGGACCAACUUAAGCUGUGUCUGUCUGUUGUCAAGAGUGAAUAUGUUGAAGUAAGGUUUUGAAUCAUCUUACCUCCACCAUGGUCUUUAGCUACCAUAUAAACAUUUUAAUUUUCUUGUUGGCAUCUCCUGCUAACUAAAGAACCAAAUAAGUGAAACAUUUGUCACUGUGGCCUUUUUGUGAUAAUCAAGUGCCUUAACAUUUCCACUGAUGUUUUUGCAAUGUAAUUGUAGAUUAAGUUGUUAAACAUAUUUUUGUAUGGAAGAUGUUGCUGAAUUGUUGUAAAUAGUCCUAAAAAGUAAAUGAAGCAAUUUAGGUAUUGCAUCUUUCAGAACUGUUUUGCAUAAAUUGUUUCAAUAAAGUCUUUUUGCACUGCAUAAGAGA